AACUGACGAGCUGAAAAUUGGAACACUUGUGGGUGUUGACAAGUUUGGAAACAAAUAUUAUGAGAAUAAAAUGUACUUUUAUUCUCGAAACCGUUGGGUGGAUUAUACAGAAGCUGUGAAUUUGGAUUAUGAUGGUAGUCAAGUCCCUGCUGAAUGGCACCGCUGGUUACAUUACAUGACUGAUGAUCCACCUACUAUAAAGAAACCUGUUGAACAUAAAUGGUUGAUGGACCAUACUGCAAAUAUGUCUGGCACAAAUAAAGCAUACAUGCCAUAUUCAACUACACAACCAAAGGUUCAAGCAUGGGUUCCACCAAAAUAAAUGUGAUAAGCUUGUUUUGUUUGUAUUUUAUUGGCAGUCUCUGUCAUUUAGAACAGAUUAUAAAAAUGAAUUAACAUUUAUGUAUAAAUACUGUAUGAUAAAGAAAAAAUGUUUUGGAACAUGAAAUGUUUUUAUUUAUGAAAUGAUUGCUAUCAAAAACUGUAAACUUGUCAGGAAAACUAAUCUGUAUCGGCUUGAUUAUCUCCA